ACUUUGGCAAAGGGUAAAACCAACAAAAAUGUGUCCACUCUGUUUGUAACAAAUUCUAGUUUGGGGAACAGAAGACUGUAUUGAGAUCAAAUUAUUCAUAGAUGAGAAUUUGCAUAAUCUCGGCCAAAAUUAAUCGCCCUCGAUUUUCUCCACUGCCGUCCUCUCGGCUUCCUCUCAUCACCAUAUUUGACCCAACCGGAUGCUUCACAUUUAUACAUCCGGUAAAAUAUCUGGCUCAUUUGUUCUAUCUGUGUUCAGAUGAUUUGAUUGAUUUGCCUGAAAUAUCCUGCUGCUCUGGCGUUCCCUCUGGCGGUAGGUCGGGUUCAUGGGCUUCAUUACAGGUCACAUGAAGAGAAACAGCAGCAGCGUCGAUUUUCCGAAGAUCCCCGAUUCGGAGCUCGACUUUCCGGGAAGAUCCGGGUACUCGGCUUCAUUACAUUACAGGUCACAUGAAGAGAAACAGCAGCAGCGUCGAUUUUCCGAAGAUCCCCGAUUCGGAGCUCGACUUUCCGGGAAGAUCCGGGUACUGGGCUUCAACCUCAACAUAACAGCAAUGGCGGAGGCAGCAGCUACAGCGGCUCCAGCAAUACCAGGAGCCUGGACCAAACACGUCACCUGCAGGUAUUUCAUGCAUGGGCUUUGCAAAGAAGGCAUCAACUGUCGAUAUUCCCAUGAUCUCAACACCAGUCAACCAGCUGCAGCUAUGAUUUGCAAGUUCUUUCAGAAAGGAAACUGUGUGUUCGCGACCGUGCAGCAAGCUGCCUUGUGGGUGGUGGGCCGUAGCAAGCUAUCUGCUUUAGUUUUUGAGAUUAUCGAACUCUGCCAAGUCGUGCUGAGAGAUUUGGUGCUGAGAGAUUUGGUGCUGAGAGAUUUGGUGCUGAGAGAUUUGGUGCUGAGAGAUUUGGUGCUGAGAGAUUUGGUGCUGAGAGAUUUGGUGCUGAGAGAUUUGGUGCUGAGAGAUUUGGUGCUGAGAGAUUUGGUGCUGAGAGAUUUGGUGCUGAGAGAUUUGGUGCUGAGAGAUUUGGUGCUGAGAGAUUUGGUGCUGAGAGAUUUGGUGCUGAGAGAUUUGGUGCUGAGAGAUUUGGUGCUGAGAGAUUUGGUGCUUGCUGAC